AUUCCAUUUGCGGUUGAUGUUGCUGUUCUUCCGAGCCAUCCCCCUACCGCUGAAGCACCAUUGCCAAUAGCACUACCAGCAUUUAAAAUUCCACGACCAAUCCAUAUCCCUGGUUUUGCCUUUGUAUUAAGAGUAAGAAAUUCUUCCUUCCUAUCUUCAGGUGUAGGAUUUGUAACAGUUCUUACAGUAUCAACAACAGUGUCAACACUGGUUCCAAUAGCACUACCAACAGCUGUUGCACCAGUUAGAAUACCAUGGGUAACUAAAUCAGUAGCUCUUGAGACAACAUUAUCACUCGAGGCUUUCUCUGCUGGAUAG